AGCACAAUUGAUACUGCUGCGCUUCAUGAGGCUCUACUUGCCGCACAGUAUGCGGCGACUCAAGACUUACAACACAAAGCACAGUUCAACAUUGCUACUUCGUCCCAGGAGGUCCGGGAUCUGGUACUCGAAGCUUUCUCAGUACUCGAUAUGUUUGCGUUCAAGGAAGUGGGCGCCUCGAAUUACAUUAGACCGGAGAGUGCAAUCCACUACGCCUACAAGCUGGGCACUUGCGAAGUUGUAAGGUUACCCAAAGGAUGUGAUCCAGAAGACAUUGAUGGAGAAGCACUGUGGCUGGACUUUGCCGCCGCUUCGUUAAACGUACGACUCCUGAGUUUCGAAGAGUAUGGUGCAGACGCACGUGCUGGAUCUAUGUUCUCAGAGUUAGGAGGAGACCGCUCAGAGACACAAAACGAAGGCAUAAUCAAUGCUCUCCAGAAGCAUAUCGGCGAUUAUCUGGAUCAGAACACCGUCCUGGAAGACUUUCCGGAUUGUCGUGGCGAUAAUUACAAACCAUUGCGCUCUGAUAUCAAAGCCAUCAUUCUGUCUGGAGAUCCACCNCCUGGUUCUCUUGAAGCUGUACGACUUGCCAUUCACCGUCUCUCGCCUGAAACGGCGAGCCUUUACCCGGACUCUGUAGACCCAGCUUCAGCUAUGGCCGCGGGAGCAGCACGACGAGCUAGACAGAUAUGGGAUCAUCCUGAAGAAUUCAUGGUAUAUCCAUGUCCCCCUCUCACACUCUGGCACGACGAGUUG